AUGGAGGCGGAAUAUAUUACACAGUACAGCCCCAAUUUAAGGAGGCUGCUCUGCGUCCUCAGCCUGCCCCGCUCUCCCCUGCCAGGUCUUCUCGUGGGCACCCUGGACGUGGUGCUGGACUCCAGCGCUCGCGUGGCCCCCUACCGCAUCCUUCACCAGACCCAGGACUCGCAGGUCUACUGGACGGUGGCGUGCGGUUCUUCCCGUAAAGAGAUCACAAAGCACUGGGAAUGGCUGGAAAAUAACUUGCUGCAGACGCUGUCCAUCUUUGACAAUGAAGAAGAUAUCACCACCUUUGUCAAGGGCAAGAUCCACGGCAUCAUUGCAGAAGAGAACAAGAAUCUGCAGCCCCAGGGAGAUGAGGACCCUGGGAAGUUCAAGGAGGCUGAGCUGAAGAUGCGGAAGCAGUUUGGGAUGCCAGAGGGCGAGAAGUUGGUCAACUACUACUCCUGCAGCUACUGGAAGGGCCGCGUGCCCCGGCAGGGCUGGCUCUACCUGACCGUCAACCACCUGUGCUUCUACUCCUUCCUGCUGGGGAAGGAAGUGAGCCUUGUGGUGCAGUGGGUGGAUGUCACGCGCCUAGAGAAGAAUGCCACGCUGCUCUUCCCCGAGAGCAUCCGUGUGGACACCCGGGACGAGGAGAUCUUCUUCUCCAUGUUCCUCAACAUCAGCGAGACCUUCAAGCUCAUGGAGCAGCUGGCCAACCUGGCCAUGCGACAGCUGCUGGACAGUGAGGACUUCCUGGAGGACAAGGCUCUGCCCAGGCCUGUCCGGCCGCACCGGAACAUCUCAGCUCUGAAGCGAGACUUGGACGCCCGAGCCAAGAAUGAGUGCUACCGAGCCAUGUUCCGGCUGCCCAGGGACGAGCGUCUGGACGGUCACACGGCCUGUACCCUGUGGACGCCAUUCAACAAGCUGCACAACCCUGGCCAGAUGUUCAUCUCCAAUAACUAUAUCUGCUUUGCCAGCAAGGAAGAAGAUGCAUGCCACCUCAUCAUCCCUCUGCGGGAGGUGACCAUUGUGGAAAAAGCUGACAGCUCCAGCGUCCUGCCCAGCCCUCUGUCCAUCAGCACCAAGAGUAAAAUGACCUUCCUGUUUGCCAACCUGAAAGACCGUGACUUCCUGGUCCAGAGGAUCUCGGACUUCCUCCAAAAGAUGCCAUCUAAGCCACAGGGCAGCAGCCUCACCUUGCAGGGAAGGAGAGCCAGCACUGUGGACCCAGCCCAGAAGUCCCUCCCAGCACCUCAGGAGCUGCUGGAAGCACCCACCAGCCUGUCGUCACCCCUCCGCAGCCACCUGAGUUUCAGUGCCCAGCAGGUGCCCACCGCGUCCCAGGGCCUACUCAAGGUCUUCCAGAGACACUCGCCCAUGGAGGACCUCGGAGCUAAGGGGGCGAAGGAGAAGGCAAAAGAGGAGGCGUGGGACAUCCACUUCUUUGAGUAUGGGCGCGGCAUGUGCAUGUACCGCACAGCCAAGACUCGGCAGCUGGUCCUGAAGGGCAUCCCCGAGAGUCUGCGAGGAGAGCUGUGGCUCCUCUUCUCGGGGGCCUGGAAUGAGAUGGUGACUCACCCCGGCUACUACACCGAGCUGGUGGAGAAGUCCAUGGGGAAGGACAGCCUGGCCACCGAGGAGAUCGAGCGAGACCUCCACCGCUCCAUGCCCGAGCAUCCUGCCUUCCAGAACGAGCUGGGCAUCGCUGCCCUGCGGCGGGUGCUGACCGCCUACGCCUUCCGGAAUCCCACCAUUGGCUACUGCCAGGCGAUGAACAUUGUGACGUCCGUGCUUCUGCUCUACGGCAGCGAGGAGGAGGCCUUCUGGCUCCUGGUGGCCCUCUGCGAGCGCAUGCUGCCCGACUACUACAAUACCAGGGUGGUGGGAGCCCUGGUGGACCAAGGCAUUUUCGAAGAGCUCACGAGAGAUUUCCUACCCCGGCUCUCUGAGAAGAUGCAGGACCUGGGGGUGAUCUCCAGCAUCUCCCUGUCCUGGUUCCUGACCCUCUUCCUCAGCGUCAUGCCCUUUGAAAGCGCCGUGGUCAUCGUUGACUGCUUCUUCUACGAGGGCAUUAAGGUGAUCCUGCAGGUGGCCUUGGCUGUCCUAGACGCCAAUGUGGAGCAGCUGUUGGACUGCAGUGAUGAGGGCGAGGCCAUGACCGUGCUGGGCAGAUACCUGGAUAAUGUGGUCAACAAGCAUAGUAUCUCUCCCCCUAUUCCACACCUCCAUGCCCUGCUGACCAGCGGAGAUGACCCUCCUGCAGAGGUGGACGUCUUCGACCUCCUGAAGGUGUCCUAUGAGAAGUUCAGCAGCCUGAGGGCCAAUGACCUCGAACAGAUGCGGUUUAAGCAGAGGCUGAAAGUCAUCCAGUCUUUGGAGGACACAGCCAAGCGAAGCAUGGUCCGAGCCAUCCCAGGGGACAUUGCUUUCUCAAUUGAGGAGCUGGAGGAGCUUUAUGUGGUGUUUAAGGCCAAGCACAUGGCGAGCCAGUACUGGGGCAGCAGCUGCACAGCCGCCAGCCGCCGCGACCCCAGCCUGCCUUACCUGGAGCAGUACCGGAUUGAUGCCAGCCAGUUCCGGGAGCUCUUUGCCAGCCUGACGCCCUGGGCCUGUGGUUCACACACUCCUGCACUGGCAGGCCGCAUGUUCCGGCUCCUGGACCAGAACAAGGACUUGCUGAUCAACUUUAAGGAGUUCGUGACAGGGAUGAGUGCCAUGUACCACGGAGACCUCACGGAGAAGCUCAAGGUGCUCUACAAGCUGCACCUUCCCCCAGCUCUCGGCCCAGAGGAGGCAGAGUCGGCCCUGGAGGCUGCACAUUACUUCACAGAGGACAGCGCCUCAGAAGCAUCUCCUCUGACUUCAGAGCUGGAUCUUUUCCUGCCCUGGGGAGCUCAAGAAGCACUCCCACAGGAAAAGAGAGAAGGAAAUGGACAUGACGACGCUCCAGGAAGAAAAGGAGAGGAGAAGGGGACCAGCCCUCCAGACUACCGGCACUACCUACGCAUGUGGGCCAAGGAGAAGGAGGCGCCAAAGGAGACGAUGAAGGACCUUCCCAAGAUGAACCAGGAGCAAUUCAUUGAGCUGUGCAAGACCCUAUACAACAUGUUCAGUGAGGACCCCCUGGAGCAGGACCUGUACCACGCCAUCGCCACGGUGGCCAGCCUGCUGCUCCGCAUCGGAGAGGUGGGGAAGAAGUUUUCAGCCCGACUGGGCGGGAAGUCCAGGGACGGCGGCCAUACUGGGGACCACAGCAGUGCCGCCGAGGAGGACGAGCCACGGACACCUGAGCUCCAUCAGGACCCAACACAGGGGCUUCAGCGCCCAGCUGCGGAGGACCCACAGGCCAAAGCCGGCGGAGACACCUACACAGGGAAAGCAGCCCAGGAGAGCUGGGCAGUGGCCGAGGGGGGCAGCAGCGGGGGCCAGGGCUCACCCUCCCAGCUCCUGUCUGACGACGAGGUCAAAGACAUGUCCAUGUCGUCCUCCUCAGUGGCCAGCACGGGCUCCCUGCAGUAUGAGGACCUCACAGACGACACAGUACUUGUGGGUGGCGAGGCCCGCAGACCUGUGGCCUCCUCACGCACUGGGGGCACCGUGGACACGGACUGGUGCAUCUCCUUUGAGCAGAUCCUGGCCUCCAUCCUGACAGAGUCUGUGCUGGUGAACUUCUUUGAGAAGAGGGUGGACAUCGGCACCAAGAUCAAAGGCCAGAAGAAGAUGGAGAGGCAGUUUAGCACCUCCAGUGACCAUGAGCAGUUGGGGGUUUCAGGCUGACUGCCCUCUGCCCAUGUGGGCUCCGGCUGAUGCCUCCCGUUCCUUCCACCCUUCCCCUUUGCUCCCAUCUUCCGCAGAGGCAGAGUUGGCACCAGGAAGAAGGGCAGUGCAGACCCAUUCGCUUUAGCAGGGUUCCCCAGGCCUGCCCCUCAGAGGCCCAGGAAGAGGCUGGCUGCACCAUCCUCCGCCCAGCGGGACCCCGCCUUGAGGCUGGGUAUUGCCCGCAUAGUUAGAGGCUGUCCGACCUGCCUGUGCCUGCCUCACCCCCCUGCACCUCAUGCCGUGCCAAGGCCACACUGGGUCCCACCGGCCACGGGACAAUCUGUACAACUGUGCGCGCCAGAUACCCACUCCUGACACCUGGCAUGGGGCUGUGCUCGUUGGGUUCCAAAGUGAUGGAACUUCAGUCCUCUCAGGAGCCCUGAAGUCUGAGCCUCUUCACUGGGAAACUCAGCAGAAGACUCCUCUGCACACACUGGCGUUACUCCACUUGUGCUUUGGCUCCUCACCAGUAAUUUUGAAGGUGCAUCCCUCAGUCCUGAUCGCACUUGGCUAAACAUCACACUGUGCUCAAUGCCUUAAUGGAUCCCUGGAAGAAAUAAAAACCACACUGCAGUGCCUUGAUGUUCUCCUUGCCUG